ACUGGACACGGACGACAUUCCAGUAAAGAAACAAAUAUUCGAACUAUUGUCUGCCCUUUGUGUUUAUAGGCCUGACGGCCACACCAGAGCUUUGGAAACACUCGAGCAUUAUAAAGUACUCAAGAAGCGUCGUUAUAGAUUUCAGCUUGUGAUAAACGAAAUGAAAUCCUCAGAGGUCGUCGAAUACACAACUGCUUUAGUAGCCUUUGUGAAUUGCGUCAUCAUCUCGACUGCCACCCUGAAUGAUAGGAUACGCAUCAGAAACGAAUUUCUAGGUCUGAAAAUACUGGAAGUUUUGAAUCAGUUCAGGAAGCAGUGCAAAAAUGGUGCUAAUUCCGAUUUGGCAGUUCAGUUGGAUGUGUUCGAUGAACAGCGGUCAACGGACGAAGGACAGUUUUCGGGGCCAGACGGUGUUGAUCUUAGUUCUCAUAUGGAUGUCUUCUUUGCUAUUCUAAGACAGAUAGCUGAAACUCCGCAAGAGAUACCUUUCCUGAGUAUUUUGCAGCAUUUGCUUCGUACAGAUCUUAGCCAACCUCUAUCCGAAGUCGUAUGGGAAACUGCGGAAACUCUAGUCCACCGUGCUACACUUCUAGAGAGCAAACAAGAGGCUGACAGACUCCUAAGGGCAUCAAAUCUUGGUGGUUUGAUGCGCUGCCACUGUUCCUGCCAUUACAAAUCCACCACAUCGAACACUGAAGACUGUGAUGUCACCCCCAACAAACGGAACAGACCCACUCAUUUGUCUUUUUGUUCGUCUGACGGUGUUCGGACUCCAGGCUCAAUCUUAUCCCCAAGUCUCUCUCACCCUCCGCCAACACCGUAUGAUACAGCUGCUAGUCCUAUGGUUACAUCGUGCGUCAAUGACGCUUUCAAGUCACCAACGAAAGGCUUGUUAAAACAAAACUCUGAAUUCUUUCCUAAUGCUGUCAGACAAAAUAGUAUUGCCGAACAAAUAGUGCCAACAAAAAACAAUGCCAUAUAUAGCCAGUGUUGCAAUUCUAUGUCUAAGCAUCAAACAUCAGACGUGUUGUUGAACGACGAGUCUCAGGAUCACAGCAGCAUUUCAGCUAAGUGUAAUAAUAAGCCUUCAAAUGAUACUGUUUCUUCUAGUGUUCCAAAUUCUAAUCUGGAGUCAUCAAACUGUGAUCAAGGACAUAACACCAAUAAUGAUAUUAUAUCUCAAAUUCAAAUUAAUGGACAAAUUUCUCAGAAUAUACCUCCUCCACCACCACUCCCUCCACAAAGUACAGGAGGAAUGCCGUUACCACCUCCACCACCGCCACCACCUCCUUCUUUCGCAAUAGCACCUCAAAUCAAAAAGUCAGCAGUCGAAACAACUUUACCUCAACAGAACACACCAAAGCCAAAAACUAAAAUGAAAUCCUUCAACUGGAGUAAAAUUCCAGUGAACAAAGUAAUCGGUAAAGACAAUCUAUGGUCAAGGGUAGCGAAAGAUCAUACUGGAAGUCCCAACGAUCUCGAUUUUGAUGUUAUGGAAGGAUUGUUCUGCCAGCAACCAGUAACUACUAAUGGCCAUGUGUCCCCGAAAUUUGGAGAUUCGAGCGAUAAUAAUGACAAAAAGAAAAAGGAGAUUCAAGAGAUUAACCUGUUGGAUGGGAAAAGAAGCUUGAAUAUCAAUAUAUUUUUAAAGCAGUUUCGCAGUUCGCACGAAAAUAUCGUGAGAAUACUAGAGGACGGAGCUCAUGAAGAUCUUGGAGCUGAAAGAUUAAGAGGAUUACUCAAAAUCCUUCCGGAAUCCGAUGAGGCGGAGAUGUUGAGAAAUUUUGAUGGUGACAAGAGCAAGUUGGGAAAUGCCGAAAAGUUCCUUUUACAACUUUUGGAUGUUCCAAAUUACAAGCUUCGAAUUGAGAGCAUGUUACUGAAAGAAGAGUUCAUGGCCAAUCAGGAAUUUCUGGAGAACAGUAUAGAAACUAUACGAUGCGCUGUCCAAGAAUUAGAAGAAUGCAGAAAGCUCCAUGAAAUUCUGUACAUGGUCCUUGUUGCUGGAAAUUUUUUGAAUGCAGGUGGUUAUGGCGGUAAUGCAGCCGGAUUCAAAAUGCUGUCUUUACUGAAGUUAACGGAUAUUCGUGCAAACAAACCUAGUGUUACUUUAAUACAUUAUGUUGCAGAGCAAGUGACCAAAAAGAGACCAGAUCUACUGACAUUUAUCGACGAAGUUCAAAAUCUUGAGGAAGCUUCGAAAAUUUCCAUGGAAACGCUGAAAACUGAUGUAUCAUCCCUUAUUCAGAGAGUAUCUAGAGUAUCCUCUCAAGUGGCGAAUGCCGAACAGCAGAUCAAGUCUCAAAUGCAAGAGUUCCUUCAGUUUGCAGAGAACAAGGUGGAAACGAUUCAAAAUGAGAUAAACAAUCUGGAGAGUGUUCGUCAGAAACUGGCCGAUUUCCUGUGUGAAGAUACAGAUACCUUCAAACUAGAAGAUUGUUUCAAAGUUUUCCACAACUUUUGUACGAGAUUCAAGGCAGCAGUGCAGGAAAAUGAACGAAGGCAAAAACAAGAAAAAUUAGCAGAAGCGAGGAGAAAACAAAGAGAAGAGCAUAUUGCUCUGAAGAGGAGGAGUCUUGAAUUACCCGACAGUCGAUCUGGAAUUGAUGCUGAUCACAUAAUGGACCAGUUGCUGGGUGACAUCCGAAGUGGUUUCCCCGAAAGACGGUUAGGUGACAUAUACAGAAAAGGAAAAAAAAGUCCUGAUCCCGAUGAUACAUCCACUGGAAGUAACCGAACUAUUGGUGCUCAUUCGAGGUCAGAAAUGGCUCUAAAACGUCACAGUGAUCCAGCUAUGAUAGCGAAGUGCUAUGACACAAGUCAGCAAGAUGAAAGGUCUGGAAUUGUUAAAAGUCGAAGAGCUAGAUUUUUAGAUGAAGCUAAUGGUGAUGAAAUUAUCGAUUAUCUUCAGAAUCCUUCAGCAGUUGACGAACAAAAAGAACGCCGUACUUUUGGGACUUCAGAUGAUGGAGGUUUUGAAAGGAUUCCUGUGAGACGGUCUGGAAGGCGUAAGCGUGAUGUAUUAAAUGGCGAAAUUCAGACCAGAGAAAGAAACAGUUCUUCACCUCCACCUUCUUUGCCUGUUGUAGAAGACACAGAGUUGGAAGCUAGCACCAAACAAAAACUCAAAGCCAAAAUUAAUGAAUGGAUGUUGCAAAACGAGAGAGAGCAAAAACGAGAUCGAGAUCUUCAAAUCAGACUGCAGCAAGAGCGGAAAAAGCGACAGCAUUUAAAUGGUCAAAACUUGUUGAACAGCGAUGGUGACAAUGGUAUUGCUGAGGAAGCUGAUGAAGUAAAUCUUGAAAAACAAGCAGUAUGCCGUCUACGAGAAAUUGAUUUACCUGCCAAAAAUAAUUGCGAUGAUGGGGAAUACGAUGUCGCGAAAAUUACUAAAGCAGCUCUUUCGCGACAAACUGAAAGUUUCACCCAAAAGAUUAUUGGCCUUCUUGAUGCUGCAUCGCAUGAAACUAAAGCAUUUGAUAGAUCGCGCCUUUAUCAUAGCACAAGAGAGACACCUAGCAGAAAGCAUGAAAUGACAAGAGUUUCUAGAGAUGAUGCGGAAGUUUCUCGGUCAAUAGUUAACAGUUCUUCCCUAAUAGACUCGGCAGGUAGUAGUUUUGAACAGACCCCAUCACCAUCUUCUUCAGAUCCAGAAUCUGUGAAAACAGACGAUAAAAAUGCAUCUAAAAUUUCCACAAAUCCUUUUGACCGUUUCUCAGCUACUCGUAAAACACAGAGGCGUAUAAAAUUACGUGAAAUGCGUAUUGAGGCUGAAAACACUAUACUUGCUUCGACUGUGAAAACAAAGGAAAGCAAAAAUUUGUCCCAGCAAAGUUUUCCGCUUUCUGUUGUGUCAAACAAUCCACAAGUAGAUGUUUUAACAAGUAAUGAAACUUUCGCAAGUUCGAACAUUGUAAAGACUGCUGAGCAUGAAACACAACUUCAACCGGAAGUGGAUUAUAAUUCUUCUGUUGAAUUAUCACCAUUGCCAGCAGAAAGUGCUAUGUCCUCAAAUGACGGAGCUCCGGGUAAGGAUAAUGUACCAUUCUCUAAUAGACGAAGUACAUCUCUAAGAUCACGACAGUCUCGAUUAGCAAGAAGGAUAGACUCUCUAACAACUCCUUUGACAUCUCCUUUGAAUGAAAAUGCAGAAUCUAGUUUGAGUGAUAUGAACAAAACAGUAUUGCCAUCUAAACCAAAUUUAGAAACUUGUGCAAAUGGAAAUGAAGACCACCUAGAUACAAGUCCUUGUUCAUCCAAGGAACCUCAUUCGUCUGAUAAAGCUACAGAGGAAAAGAAUGGUAAACCGAAUAUUGAUGAAAAAAGUGAAAACGCUGAAAAUCCGCAACAGAACACAAAUUCAAUGGAACAUCCUUCGAAUACUAGUCCACCGGAAUCAGUAUCAGCUGGUGCAACCAAUGGAAAUGUAUCACAUGAAGUGACUGUGAGUACAGAAACGGAAAGUAAAGUUAUUAUGCCUAAAUCUUCUCUUCCUCCAAAUAGAAAAACGGUACCUCAACUUUCAAAAUCAAAAGUUAAUAUUCAAAAAGUCAGAACAAGCAUCCCGAGUGUUAUAAAAACUACACAAAAUGUUAAAGUACAACAAACAGUGAGUCGAGAGCCUGUGCUAACAGAAGGUAAAACAACUCAACGAACUGUAUCCCAAGUUAGUGGGAAAAGAGUUUUACCUCCUUCUUCAAAAACUGGCACUCCAACAUCUUGUUCUCCUUGUCAGUCACCGUCUGUGACUAAAAGAUCUCAAAUAAACAGUAAGGGGCAUAAUAAAAUACCAAAUAUCAUCUCAAACGGAAAAUCUGAAAGUGAUAAAAACGGAAAAGAGAGCCGAUCUUCGAGCAUUUCUUCACUGUGUAGUCUAAGAACAAAUUUAAAAAUAGUUAAAAAAAGUGAUCAGAAUGCAACGGAAAAAACUUCUCAGUCUGUAAAUGCAAAGAAAAUAACCAUUAAUCAUAACGGAAGUGUGAAAUUUGUGAAAAAAAGCAGCGGUCCGAGCAAAACCGCAAAUACACCAGGCAACUCAAAUUCAACUAAGAGUGUAUCGGAAACAUCAAGAAUCAAGCAGGAAAGCAGUAUUCGGACAAGGAGAAAGGUUGCAACAUAAGUCAACCUUUUACUUGUAAUGUAACAUUGUUGUACCUAAUUCAGACUUAUAUAAAAACUAUUACAAACUUUUUUUUUUCCCGCUUUUGUGAACUUUUAAUAAUAUGUGUGAAAACUUUAUUGCAAAUUUUAGUCCACAAAAUGCAAUAUGAAAGAGUGCUGGCACUUAUAAUUAAUUACUUUUGAACAUCAAAUAAUGAAUUUUAAGUCAACUUCCAGAAAAUGCAUGGAAUUAGGUGUGAUAUGCAUAUAUUUUUGUAGAUGUGAAAACGUUAGCUUAUAUAAUUGUUACACAUAUUUUAUGUCUUUUUCAUCAAGUAAUAUGUUCGUAUAUUCAUUUCAUAAUGAAUCAUUAUGUUAAUUGCAUUAGUUUAAUAAUGUUUAUAUUAGUAUAAUGCAUCAAUUAUAAGACACAGUGUUCAUACAGAUUUCACUUAAAUUUUAUACAGAAAUUUUUAAUGUAAUAAUAGUUCAGCAAUAUGUAGCCCGUUCAGUUAAAACAGAUGAUGUAUAUAUCGCCUAGUUCUAUGGAUGAAGUAAAAAAGCAUUUCAGACAAAUUGUUUAUAAUAAAAUAUUUUUCAAAUAUUUCAUGGAAAUGCCAAAGAUUUAGUGCCUUUUUAAGUAUAUCCUGUAAUCAUUAUUAGUAAUAAACAAUUGUAAUAUAAUUUUA